CUCAGGGCAAACGAGUGAGACGCUCUGCAAGUGCUGUUGGAACUUUCGAGUUUAUUGGCGGCUUUAAGGUUUGUUUACAGACGCACGGAGCUUCGAGGCAUAACAAGCAAUGCUGUUAGUCAGAUUUCUGAAGAACAUCAGUGGACCAGUGCUUCGAGUUCGUUUGCUUCAUGAAGGGAGGAAGACCAAAGUGCCGAUCAUGAACCAUGAAGAAGUCAGUUCUCAGCUACGUCAAGUUCUGAAAAAGGAAGAGUUGUUGGCCCUUGCUGCCAGAAUAAGGCACAACUACCCCUAUUGCCUACAAAUGUACAACACUUUGCUACUGACCGCCAGGGGACUGAAUGCUUGCUUCCAGUACGAGAUCUAUGUGCCCAGGAAUUACCAGGACUCUCAUAUCGUCAUUUGGAGGUCACUGAUUGAAUUGAAGAACAUGAGCAUAUAUUGCAGAGAGGAAGAGGUUCCUCUGCUCACCAAAGUAAUGAAGGGCAGUGAUUUCUUGGAUAUAGUUAAGGAACUACCAGUCAAUAUCUUUUUCAUAUCAAACUACCAAGUAGAUGCAGUACUUCAAACACUUCAGGAAAUCCUUAAGAGGCGCCUCCAGAAAACCCAGGAUUCAUGUUACGCCUAUGAAUCUCGACAAGAAAGUCCUCUGAGGUGUCCAGCAGGCAUGAAGGUCCAGAGGCUGGGGAGGGUAGGCAUCCAAAAAAUGCUGGACAGCAACAAAGACUGGAACAAUACUUCUCUAGAUCUUACAUGCAGCUUGGCAGAAAACCUGCCAAUGCUAGGAAUUUACUUAGAUCCAGAUGCUGUGAAGAGAAGGUCAUUGACUUAAAUGACAUUAGUUCUGCAGAAGACGAAGCAACACCAAUCGCGCAGGUAGGCUCCACCCCUCACGGAACUUUGGGAUGGUUGUGGAUUGAUGCCAAGUACAGGAGGUUUGGGCUGGCAAGUCUCCUCGUCGAGGUGAUGUGUCAACUCCAGAUGUCUGAGGGGAUUUUUCCUAUUGGCAUUGUGGACCAAUAUAAUGAUUCCUCCACUAGAAUGUCUGAAAAGCUGUCAGGCUGUAGGAAAACCCACUGUGUCAGCAGGAUAAUCCCUGCUCAGUGAGGGGUCCUUUUGUCAGUCCAGAUCCAUUGCAAGGCUAGGUCUUGCAGUUCAGUCCC